AUGAGUGACGUCGGCAAGUCAGACUCGGUGGAGCGUACCGCACGGGUACACUACCUCGAGCUAGGCGCCUACCUCGAUCGCGAGGGAAUCCUCAAAGAAUCACAAUCAGCUCGCAUCAACGCAAGGGAGAAGCUCACCAGACUGAACAUACAACAGUUUCAGGAGCUCUCCACCGAUGUCUACGAUGAGCUCGUCCGCCGGCUGAGAGCAGAGAAGGGGAACGAGAUCCCCUUCCUGCCCGUCAAGCCAGACUUCCACCCCAAGCGCAAUCAAGCCCGCCAGAAGCUCGCGACUCUGCCAAAUUCUCGCUUCAGGGAUCUCGGCGGCGAUGUCUUUCACGAGCUCGGUCGCCGCUUUCCUCACUUCCCCAGAGUCGGUAGCUCAGGCUUCCCUGGCUUUUCGGGCAACGCUGGCUCUGGACUUACAUCCAAGGGCAUGACGAGCGACGACAGCGAGACGCUUGUGACUUCCACCUCCAAUUCCACACUUCAGCAACCCCCUCGACGUAACCAAUCAAAUCUACCGCCAGGCAUCGCGUCCAAUGGCUACGGUGCAGCUAACGAGAUGCUCGUCCCCAAUAAAUCUACUUUCGUCGAGGAAGACGUCGGUCCUGCUUCCGAUCCUGGCGGGCGCAACUCGCCGUACGAUCAGCGUGACUUCUCGAGUGGCAGGUCUGCCGGUGGACGCAAUCCGAGUAUACCCCGCGACGAGGGUGCACAGCCCUCGGGCAUGUCUGCGCUCACGUCGCCUUCUCGUACCGGCUUCGGUCAGCCUAAUGGAUCGAUCACCGGCACGCCGUCCCGACUGGGUAACCAGCAAAGCCUGGGCGGUAAGGGCAGCGAAUAUUACGACAAGAUCAGCUUGGGGACACGCGCGAGCGAGACGAGUAGCUUAGGAGGUCCUUCCAGCGCACGCUUUGCCUCCAAUGGCGGCUUCGGCACCGGCGAGCAGACACGGGCUCGCGAUACGAGCGAAGAGAUCGAGAAGCUAAAGUCAGAGUAUGAGUACAAGAUUGCGACGAUGCAGACCCGUAUAUCAGCUCUCCAACGAGAUCUCGACAGCGCGAGAGGCGACAGCAAGUCGUUGACAGACACGCACGCGAAUGAGCUGCGCACUCUCAACGACCAGAUCGAAGAUCACCGCGACAGGCAUCAGGAGCAGCUGACUCGCAACGAACGCUUGCAACGCGAGCUUGAACAGUUGCAACUCCAGCGUACGACACGCGACACCAACGACACGGGCGCAAGCGCGCAGCUGUCUCGAGAUCUUGCCGAUGCUCGAGCCGCGCACCAAAAUGCGUCUGCGACGACGGAACAGCUCCGGAGGGAGAUCGCUAAGCUCAUGCGAGAUCUGCAAGACGCUGAAGAUGCUCAGAGAGAAGCGGCGGCCGAUCGUGAGACCGAUGCACAACGCAUCGACCGACUGCAGAGCGAACUGCAGGUAGUGAAACAGCAGCUCGCUGCGAGAUCUAGCAUCAUCGACUAUGCAAUGCCGGACAGCGCCACCAAAAGCGCCAAGGGUGGAAAUAUAAGCGAAGCCAAUGUCAGCGAAUUCAGGCAGUCUGUCGACCAUUUGUUGCGUACGAGCAGGAGCAGCACUUUGUCCUCCGACCUCGUCUCGGCUGCCAGACAAAUCGUGGCUGCUGUCAGCUCAAUCGACAAGGACGUACAGAUCUACGAGCGUACUUUAUCAACCCAGGACCCACAGAAUCCCGAUUUUGCGAGGCUGCAAUCGCUCAAGCAGAAAUGCCACGCGACCCUGACGAAUCUGCUGACGGCAGCGAGAAACCAUGCGACUGCGCAGGGUCUCUCGCCCGUCAGUCUACUCGACGCUGCAGCUAGUCAUCUGGCGGAUUCAGUCAUCGAGAUCAUCAAAUGCGUCCGACAGGGGCCAGACAUUGCAGCGCGAUCACAAGAGCGCGACCUGCCGCCCCUCCGAGUCCAGCAACACGACGCGCAGAGCUAUACGCAACCUCAGAGCUACGGACCCAACCCGCUGUCGCCUUCGGACUCACGUUCGCCCACUACGCCGCUCGAAAAUUCAUCAUUCAGUGAUCCGAUCAAGCCUCUGCUGACGCGCAACGGGUCGCGACAAAGCGAUAGGUUGGCCCCCGAACAGCAAGCCACUGAUCUGCCGUUGCCGCAAGUCCGUGCAUCUACAUAUGGCGCCCAAGGUCUCGGCAUCGACGCUCAGCGCGGCUAUCAUGAGAACGAGACGAAUGACCUUUACGGACGAGCCCCAUUUGACGAUGAUGAGCAACAGCCAGCAGAAGAUCCAUAUCUUGACCAAGCACGCGUCGAAGAGAACUGGGAGGAGCUCAAACAUUAUCUAGGUACGCAAACCGAAGCAAUUGUCCAGUCGAUUCAGUCAUUGUUGGCGGCCAUUCGAAGCGGUGCAUCAGGUCCCGAAGUCAAUGAGAAUCUGACGCAAAUCAUAACGAUUGUGUCAUCCAUCGUCGCUAUCUCCAAGGAAAGUCUGCCUGCACAUCUACGCAACGAAGGCGAAGACAUUUUGCAAGAUCUGCAGACGAACUGCGAACAGCUCAGCGACCUGCAGACAUCCGACCAGGGCGAGUUUACGAAGCAGAUGAAGCAAUCCAUGGCAAAAGCUAGUUUCGGUGUGGCGAAAGCGCUCAAGUCGCUCAACGCGUUUGUCAGCGAGGACGAUGGUCUCACAUAG